AUGUCUUCAAGGAACACCCCAGCAGAACGCAGACCAGGGCAUCCUGGUAGAUCUGUUCAUUAUGAUGAAGUGUACGUUGAUGCUCCUUCACAAGACGAUGCUGAAACUGAUUUCCAGGAUAAUGAGCAAAUGCUGAAUGGUGCUUCCUUUCCACCACCUCCUCUUCCAUUGCAACCACCCUUCGGGCCAGAAUUUUAUCCAAGUGACAAUGAAGAACCAGCCGAGGUCUCUGAUCUCAAGCCAGUGAGAAAAUUUGUUCCAGACUCAUGGAAGAACUUCUUCAAAGGGAAAAAAAAUGACCCUGAAUGGAAUAAACCAGUAUCUGCAAUUUCUGAUGGUGUUGAAUGCUCUCCCCCCUCAUCACCCACGCUUACUCCAAGGCGAUCAGAACAAACUUCAGUUCCCAGCUCUUACCAAGAUCCAUAUGGAGGAUCAGGGGGAACCUACAAUUCACACAAAGAAGCUGAAGCCAUGAUUCCACCUGAUCCCUAUGGGUCUUUGGGGCGGCAAACUCAAACAGCUCUGGCUUACAGUGAGAAAGUAGAAGCUUAUAAUCUGAGAUACUCUUACAUGAAAUCAUGGGCAGGGCUGCUCAGGAUCCUGGGUGUCGUUGAACUACUUUUAGGGGCAGGUGUGUUUGCUUGUGUCACAGCUUAUAUUCACAAAGACAAUGAAUGGUACAACAUGUAUGGCUACUCGCAGUCAUAUGGCUAUGGGACAAGCAACAUGUAUGGAGGCUACAAUUACAGUGGACCUAAAACACCCUUUGUUCUUGUUGUAGCAGGACUUGCUUGGAUUGUGACUAUUAGCCUUCUGGCACUUGGCAUGUCAAUGUAUUAUAGGACCAUUCUCCUAGAUUCCCACUGGUGGCCUUUAACUGAAUUUGGGCUCAACGUUGCUUUGUUUAUUCUGUACAUGUCAGCUGCUAUAGUCUAUGUAAAUGAUGCUAAUAAAGGAGGACUCUGCUACUACCCAUUAUUUAACUCACCACUGAAUGCAUCAUUUUGCCGCAUAGAAGGAGGACAGACAGCAGGAAUUAUCUUCCUGUUUGUGACAACAAUUAUUUAUCUUAUUGGUGCAAUUAUCUGCCUAAAACUGUGGAGGCACGAAAGUGCACGAAAGCACAAGCAACUUUUGGAACAAGAGAUGAAGACACAGUCUUUUCAACCAAAAAGAAUGUAUGAAGAUGAAGGUGAUAGUCCCAAAGAAGCAAAAUAUCAGAAGAAAAAUAAACUUUUGGGAAUGGAACCUGAACUGCUCAAUGGCCAUAUACCAGCAGGACAUAUUCCCAAGCCUAUAGUGAUGCCAGACUACUUAGCAAAAUACCCAGUAAUUCGGAGAGAUGAGGAAAGAGACCGCUAUAAAGCUGUCUUUAAUGAUCAGUUUGCUGAAUAUAAAGACCUUUCUGCUGAGGUUCAGGCAGUCUUAAAGAAAUUUGAUGAGCUAGAUUCACUGAUGAGGAAACUCCCUCAGCAUCCCGGAAACACCCUUGAACAUGAUAGAAUUUCAAAUGUUUUGCAAGAAUAUCAAAAGAAAAAGAACGAUCCUUCCUUUCAGGAGAAAAAAGAACGUUGUGAAUACUUAAAGAACAAGCUUUCACACAUAAAACAAAGAAUUCAGGAAUAUGACAAAAUUAUGAAUUGGAAUAGCUAGUAGCCCCGUAACUUGACUUGCAGGGGUUUCUUUCUUUU